AUGGCUGCAAAUGCUUUCGAAUAUGAUCAAUUAGACCGAUCAGCACAGAGUAUCCGGCUUUUACGCAUACUGCCGUAUGCCGAUACGCUCGACUGCGUGCUGGAGACUUUCGACAUCCGAGAAUGUCCGAAAUACCAGGCACUCUCCUAUGUAUGGGGCAGCGAUGAUGCCAGUUGCGAGAUCCGCAUCAAUCAAUCAAUCGUACUCAUCCGCAACAAUCUCUGGGAUGCUCUGCAGGAGUUGAAGACACUUCGCGGGCGGUCAGACUUUCACUACGAGUGCGAAGACCAUAUUUGGAUUGACGCGAUUUGUAUAAACCAGAACGACGACGUGGAGCGAAGUCAUCAGGUCAAUCUCAUGAGCCUCAUCUUCAGCCAGGCUGCUCGCACCAUUGCCUGGUUGGGGCGUGAGGACAACAACUCGACCCUAGCCAUGAAAACGCUGGCGAAGAGGCAAUGUCCAAAAUCGCUUGCUCCUACCGUCUGCCUGGAAGAGAUCUGGACUGCAAUUGAUGCCGUCUUUAGCCGUGUGUACUUCGAGCGCAUGUGGAUUGUGCAGGAAGUCUUGUUAUCAAACAAGUUGCUGCUUCUUUGUGGAUCGUCAUUUUGUUCAUGGCAUGAUAUCAUUUGGUUCCAUGACCACUGGCAAGACUGGUUCGAACAGAACGUCAUGUGCGAUUUGCCCUUGACCCUCAUUACGACCAAAGAGUUUUUGGACAGGCACAGGAGACUCAGACCUGUGCGCAAACUGAAAUACCUCCUACUAAACCUCCGCCGUCGCCAAUGUUUGGACCAGAGGGAUAAAAUCUAUGCCUUGUUAGGCAUCAUCUUCAAGCAGUCCAGCGACAGCAACCCACAAUUGGAAGCCGACUAUACCAUUUCGUCGACAGAGCUAUACUCGAGAAUGGUGACAUUCUUCAAGGUAUUGCCAGAAGGGGACAGAAAUGUCAUAUACGCCGAACUCCUGAAUAUCCUCGAUAUGCCAAAGAGCACGCGCCAUUCGAUCAGACUGGCAAGAGACAUUGACAGAAUCAUUUACAAGAUAGAGAAUCACCCUGUCGGUGGCAUAGUUAAGAGGUUGGACGUUAUCGGAUCCGUCAAAGAUCGAGCGUUUCUGUACAUGAUCUUGGACGAGAUCGAGACUCGGUUUGGAGUCAGCCUCACGAGCUUCCCAGCAGCGCUAGAGCUGCGUAACUUCUCAACAAUGAGUAUUUCCGGUGAUAUCGCAAGAGAUGUCUUUACCUUGUUGAUGUUGUGUCACCCGCGCGUGAUGCUCUUGCUGCACUUGUGGCAACAGUGUAUGACGGUUGACAAUCACCUGCAAAGACUGAUUUUGCUCCCCACAUCGCAUGAUCACCACGCGCCAAAGUGGAAGAACUACGCGUUUGCCGCCUCAGAAGAUGGGUUAUUGGAUAUUUCUGUCUUUAUGGAAAAGACAAAAGGUGUGCGGACCAUUAUAAUAGAAUUUGAGACGGGCUUUUGGUGGUUGGAUUUUCCUCGUGCGGAUGCUCGUAUCAUAACAGAGGAUUCCGCUUGA